AUGGAUCACGAGCUUUGUUUCUGUUGGGGACUGGAGGCCGGGUAUCCAGGCCCAGGCCCGCGGGAUGAUCUCAGCCCGCCCCGCGGGGCCGCCGUGCCGGGAUCGCCGCGUGGCCGGCGGGCGGCACCCGGGGCCGUGUGCGUGACUGGGCCGGGUGCGGGGGGGCACCGCCGCCGUCCCACAAAGGGAGCCGCCACGGCCGCCCCGGCAGGCGCGGAGCCGCCGCGCUCCCGGGACCGCGGCCCUGACCCCCGCCCGCUCCCCGCCGCCAUUUACCGCGCCUCCCCGGGGCGCCCGCCGCUCGCCUGCCCCGCUCCCGCCGCGCCCCCCGCCGCGCCCCGCUGCCCACCUCUAUUCUCGGAGGUGCCGCGCUGUGCCUGCCUGCCGCCCGCCCCGCCCGUACCCCUCGCCGCCGCAGGAACCCCGGCCCGCCGCUCUCCCGGGGCCGCCGCCGCCCUCGGCUCCACCGCUCAAAAUGGCGGCCGCGAUCGGGAACGAGGCUCCGCACCGCCUCCCCCUCCCCCGCCCACGGGCGCGCGCCGGGCCCGACCCGGCCCCGGCCGGGCCCCGAGCCCCCGCCGGCGGCGCCUCCGCCCGCCGAGCCCCCCGGGCGGGCCCCGCCGCCGCUCGCCCGGCCCGCUCGCCCUCUCCGCUCACCGCGAGCCUCUCGCGCACCCCUGGCCGUGCCCCGGCAGCCGCUCGCGCCGGGCAGGACGCGCCUCUCGCUCUGCGCCGAGCCGUGCGGCGGGCCCACAGCUGCGCAGCGCCCACGGGCAGCACGGGAGCGUCCGGGCCGCGCGACUAUCGCGAUACCCGCGCCGCGCGCCGCCUCACACCCGCCUGGGCGGCUCCCGCGCACGCGCCGCUCGCGGGGGGAGAGCGGGGGGGGGGGGGGAGGGUGGAAAGGAGCGACUGCGCAUGCGGAGUAGGGGAGGGGGCGUUCCGCCUUUGCCUCUCGCCGCCUCCUCUGCUGAGGGGCCGCCCAGGGCGCGUGCGCGCUCCUCCCUCGGUCACGCGGCCGCCGCCGCUCGUUUUGGCGCCAAGCGGGAGCGCGCGCGGCCGGGAGCGGGGGCGGGGCGCGCGCGUGCCCGGGCGUCCCCUCGCGGCGCCGCCGUCCCCUCACGGCCGCGCUGA